CUCAGUUUGACACAAUAGCUAGCCAUAAGCCAAAGAUGAUAAAACCAGGUUUACUCCUCCGUCUGCCAAACCCUAUUUUUCCCAUCUCUUCUUAACUUCAUCUCUCUCUUACUGAUCUCCAGGUGGGGUUGGGGGACUAGCUAGAUCUCUCUCUAGCUGUUGUCUCCGGCUGAUCUCUGACUAUCUCUUGACCACACUCGUUCUUUGAACACUUGUUUCAUCAUCAUCACAUGUAUUCCACCUGCAAUUCUGUAUCUUCUUCUCAUCAAUCGAUGGAUCGAUCUUGAUAAUCAACAACAACUGAGAUCGAUCGAUUGAUAUCCUAGUGAGCUAAUCUGGGUAAUUGAUUGAGGUCUUACUGUCACUCUUACAUGAGCUAAGCGUGGAGAUAGCAACACAAUAAAGCAGCAACGAUCCAGUAGCAAGAAUUAAAGGUGGAUCAUCAUCGCAGGCAUGGGAAAAGGCCUCUUCCUUCCGAUGCAGCUUCAUCGGAAGAUAAAGAGGAACAUCAUAUCUUUCCAACCUACCCAUCCACUCGUUCUGAGCAAGACAUGUCCGCCAUGGUUUCCGCCCUGACUCAUGUCAUCGGCACCACUGAUGAUCAGAGGUCUUCAGCUCAUCAAGUUCAAGGAAAUCCAAUAACAACAACACCACAUGAGUCUCACGACCCCUCUCAUCAGUCUAUGCAGGAUCAAGGGAACACGAGGAGGAGGCAUUAUAGAGGAGUGAGGCAAAGGCCAUGGGGAAAGUGGGCAGCUGAGAUACGUGACCCAAAGAAGGCAGCCCGAGUGUGGCUUGGCACAUUUGACACUGCCGAGGACGCAGCGCUGGCUUACGAUGAGGCGGCUCUUAGGUUCAAAGGGACCAAGGCUAAGCUUAAUUUCCCUGAGCGAGUUCAAGGGCGGACGACUGAGUUGGGCUACUACAUGGGUACUGCUAGUACUCAUGAAUAUGAACCAGUACUUCAAGCUCCACCACCACCACCUCCUCCUCAUUAUCAUGAUCACUCGGUCUCGGCCGGUUCCAUUCCUCCUCAGUUGUCCCAGAACACGUACCCAGACCUUUUUCAAUAUGCCCAGUUACUAUGCAGUGGGGAUGAUCAGGAUCUGCAACACGUCGCAUCUGGUCUUUACAGUCGCGGAGGACUACCCUUUGGUUCGCAUUCUUCUUCAAUGGCACUUCAACAACAACAACAACAACAACAACAACAUCAACAACAACAAGAACUUAUGAGGUUUUCAUCACUGUUCGGAAGCUCUUCUUCUAGUUCUGAUCAAUUUCCUGAACAAGGAAGGGACACUGAUACCAGCCACUCUAAAGACUAGGGUUCCUUUGUUUUUUCUUCUUCUUAUUCUCAUGUUGAAUCUGGUGCAUGCUGAUUUUAUUUUCUGUUUCAAACUUCGAUCACUUUGAUUGCUUAUUUCAACUACUGCUUUGAUUUUUUAUCA